CGGGUGUUCGCACAUACGCGACGCUACAAUGUUUUCGCCAGGGGAAUGCCCAAAAUGCUACAGUUCAUUCUCGUUACCUCUGUUUUAUUUUGACCUGGAAUAAGCUAACCAAGGUGCUUCGUCCUCCAACGAAAACAGGACAAGAAACCACUGGGUGAUAGCAGCUGAGAAAGUUACGAUCGCAAAAUGAUGACCCUGUGUGACGAACUACAGUGCUUGGACCUGCAUACCAACAUGUCGGAAUAUGAUAAUGGCUCUCUUCUGCCUUAUGGAAGGGCUCUGAGAGACGCUAUUGUCAAGAAUGACUCAAAGACGGAGACAGAAGUAUUGAAAAGUCUUGGAGAUUUGCACUUGGAGAGAGCCAAGCUCGGGAAAAAUGCAGCAGAGUUUGACAGGACUGCUGCCCUGUAUGCUGCUGCCCUGCUGCGCUGUACAGAUCCAGACAUAGGGCAAACACUGAAACAUUGUACCAGCUACACGGAAAAACUCUCUAGGCAACUGCUGCAGGGGUACAGUCCACGACCACAAUGGUUGUUUGAAGAAUAUUUGGGCACUGUAGAUAACAAUGUCUUAAGGGUAGCAGAGAUUUGCGAUAGGCUGGAACAAAAUGUGGGCAAUGAAGAAUUUCAGUUCGUUGAAGACACCUACAUACAGGCCCUAGUGACAGCAAUAGCGAACGGUGACACGGUUCUGGAACAAGAGGUCAUAAAAUCCCUGGGAGAUUUUUACCUUGGAGAGGGGAAGAAAACUUUUGAUACUUCACAGUUAUCCAAGGCAGCUGCAAUGUACAACAAGGCCUUAACAAUUUGUGAGGUCUCAGACGCGAAACAGACUCUACUUCAUCGCAUCAGGUAUACAGAGAAGGUGGAGGGGUCAAUCCAACAGCUGUUGUACCGAAGGACAGAUAAAGGAGAAAACCAGUCGGAUGCCAGGUCCAAGUCUGAAGAUGGCACCAACACUGACUAUGAUUCAAGCCAGUACAAAGUACACAUAGAGAAAGGCAGUUCGUCCCUACAGCAAGCAAACCUGGACUCAGCAGAGCAGCACUUUGCAGCUGCACUUAAGCUGGUACAUACCAGAGACUCAACUGUUCAGCAAUACCAGAGAGAGGUGGAGCCCCUAUACAAGUUGGGUGACGUCUAUAGAAUGCGAGGUCAGCAGGCAGGGGAUGGGGGAGACUUCGUCAAAGCAACAGCACUCUACAAUGCAGCAAUAGCCAGGUCAAGUGAUACUGAUAUUAAUGGUCAUUUAGAGAAUGCAAUUAAGCUCACAGAAGAAGUAUUUGUGAAACAUGUAUUAGGUCUUGAUCACAAUGUACAAACGGUAGAGAAAGUUAAACACAAGAAAUAUUUAAUGGAUAUGAGGGACCAGAUCAAAUUAGAGAUGGAAACCAUUGACCAGCAGCUGGAUCCCUAUAUACAUGAUGAAGAUAACCAGUGUGUCAAAGAGGAAGAGGUGAAACGUGUCCAGUCUGUCAGGCAGUUGUUUGAAAGAAUAGCUCAAGAAAGGAAUGGAUUCAUCAGUCUGCUUGUAGAUGAGUGUAUUGGGUUAAUGGGUCCCCCUCCCUGUAAGUAUGCCCUGAUGGGUAUGGGUUCACAGGCAACAGAGCUGGUAACUCCGUACUCAGAUCUAGAGUUUGCCAUCUUGACAGAAAAAGAGACUGAAGAAUGUCUCGUGUAUUUUCGCACCCUUACCCAUUAUCUACACUUGAAAGUGGUCAACCUUGGAGAAACCAUUCUCCCUGCACUGGGAAUAAGAAGCCUGAAUGACUUCUACUCAGAGGACCCCCUUGAUGACUGGUACUAUGACUCUGUAACACCGCGUGGGUUUGCAUUCGAUGGUUCCAUGCCAAGGGCAAGCAAGACUCCACUGGGCAGACAGGCAACCACUACCAAACCUGCAAGUGAACUCAUCCACAGCCCAGGCAACAUGGUCUAUACACUUGUAACUGAUGCCACUGUGUACAUAAACGAAGGGUACCAUCUUGCUAGUAUAUUAAGGAACCCAUGUUUAAUGGUAGGAGACAAGGGUUUACUUGAUGAGUACCGAGCGAUGGUGCACGAUGUACUAACCAAUGAUGAAGGCAAGAUGGCUCUAAUGGAGGCACAGGACACAUGGAGGGAAAACAUGGGGAAGUAUGAAAAACAGGAGCUCACUGCUAAGCUUAUUGACGUAAAGAAAGAAAUCUAUCGCAUGCCGUCCCUUGCAGUGGAUUGCUGCGCUCUUUGCUCACGUGUCAUACCGACCAGUGUUUGGAACACAAUAGAUGCAAUGGAAUCCACACAUGCCAUCAGUGCUGAGAAUGCACAUCAUCUGAGGGUGCUGGUCACCAUCUCUGCAGAACUCCGACUAAAAACAUACAACGCAAAUGGCGGACAGAAUGAGAACAUGUCAGCCUUGGCUUCCAUUGAGACGUCAAAACAAAAAGUUGACACACUAAGCAGACUUCAGAAAGUGUUCUACGUUUCGGAGAGCUCACAGCUUUUCAGGUAUUACUACACUGCGGUUCCUUUGAAAAAUGUAUUAACAAAGGAAUUAAACAGCCAAAAAGUUUCUCAAAAUGUUUCGCAAGAGUUGCUUUCAGUUGUAUUAUUUGAUGACUCACCUAUGGUAAAAGGCAUCAUGUGUAUGCAGCUAAAAGACCAUAGAAGGGCAAUUAGACACUUUGAGAAAGCAAUCCAGCCAAUCUCGGACACAGCACAGCCAAUUACCGAAAUGUUACUUGCGUACCUUGGAAUCGCGUAUGGAGAGCUAGGUGACUACAAGAAAGCAGCCAGCUUCGAAGAAGAGGGCCUUCAAAUGAGCAGAGCAAUUCACGGUCUUACUGAAGAACACCCCAACAUUGCUACAGCCCUUAUUAACUUUGGCACAAGCCUAGAACAUCUUGGCAAGUGUAAGGAAGCAUUGGACUAUUGUGAGCAGGGACUUCAGAUGUUUAGGAACAUCUAUUACCCAAGUACAGAACAUCACCACAUUGCUUGGGCCCUGGAAAAUACGGCAAACAUCUACAUGAGCCUGGGAGACGACAUUAAAGCUGUAAUGUACCACGAGCAAGCACUGUGCAUCCGAAGAAACAUCCAGGGUCUACACACAUCGCAGUCUGAGGUUUCCAGGUCAUUAAGCAAUGUAGGGACAUGUUGGGAUAAAAUGGGUAACCACAUGAAAGCAAUCACAUAUCAUGAAGAAUCGUUAAAGAUAGUAAGGGCUCUGUAUGGGCUGAAUACCGUACACCCAGAUAUUGGCUUAUCACUCAACAAUAUUGGAGCAGCUUGGAUUUCUUUGGGUGCAUACAAGAAAGGAAUUGGCUACUAUGAACAGGCACUGCAAAUAUUCAAAGGGGCCUAUGGUCAAAAUACAGCACAUCCCAACAUUGCCUUAUCUUUCAGCAAUCUGGCUUCAUCAUGGGGAUACUUGGGCGAUAGCAAUAAAGCACUUGCAUAUCAAAAACAGGUUGUAAACAUGACAAAUGAUGUCUAUGGUGAGAAUACAGCAAAUCCUGACAUUGCGAACGCGUUGUCUAACCUUGCGACAAGUUGGCAUCAUCUUGGUAACUACAAGGAAGCAAUUAGCCUCCAUGAACAAGCGCUGGAGAUGAGAAAAUCCGUCUAUGGCACAGCGCAUCCUGACAUUGCCUCUUCACUCAGGAAGCUGGGAGGUAGCUGGGGCCAUUUUGGGGACUGCUGGAAAGCAAUCGUGUACACCAACCAUGCACUGCAGAUGUUAAGAACUAUGUAUGGUCCCGGUGCAACACAUCCUGAGGUUCCCUCUGCACUCAAUGGGUUGGGGGAAUUGUACAUUAAGCUGGGCAAUCAUAGGAAGGCAAUUGAGUACUGUGAAGAGGCAUUGCAGAUUGAGAGGAAACACUGCAGCACAAUGACAGAAAAUCCCAAUGUUGCCAAAUCACUUAACAUCAUAGGAAAUGCUUGGCAAGAAUUAGGAGAUUGGAAGAAAGCUUUGGCGUACUAUGAAGAGGCAUUGAGGAUGUGUAGGACAUUGUUUGGUUCAGAUACAACACAUCCACUCACUGCAGUUUUACUCAACAACCUUGGCCAAGCUUGGCAGGUCUAUGGCGAUAACAGAAAAGCUAUGUCCUAUUGUGAAGAGGCACUUGAGGCAUUAAGAACCAUUUAUGGCCCUAGCACACCACACUCCCAUAUUGCUACUGCACUUAACAACUUGGGAAGAGCCUCCCAGCACCGUGGUGACACAAGCAAAGCAAUAAUAUACUACGAACAGGCACAGCAAAUGUUCACAGCAAUCUAUGGCCAGAGCACAGCUCAUCCUGAUAUUGCUGCAGCAUUCCACAAUCUGGGGCAAGCCUGGCAUGACAAAGGUGAUCAGGAAAGGGCAAUCAGCUACCACGAAAAGGCACUACAGAUGUACAGAGGUAUCUAUGGUCCAAAUGCAAAACAUUGUGAUAUUGCUAGCCAACUCCUCAACUUGGGAUCUGCUUGGUAUGUCCAAAAUGACUAUGAAAAAGCUAUAAGCUGCAACGAAGCUGCACUACAGAUGUAUAGGAGUGUGUACAGUGAUCAGGGUACAUCGCCUGCUAACGUUGGUAUUGCAUGCAACCACCUUGGGUCUCUCUGGCGCAACCUGAAAGAUUACAAGAAAGCAAUUAGAUACCAUGAAGAGGCACUGCAGACGUACAGGAAUAUCCAUGGUCAAAGUACAGCACAUGUUGAUAUCGCCGACUCUCUUCAACAACUGGGGUUAGCUUGGGAAGGCCAAGGUGAAUACCAAAAAUGCAUUGGCUGUCAAGAAGAGGCACUGCGGAUGCUUAAUACUGUUUAUGGGCAGGGUACAGCACAUCCUGACAUUGCCAAAGCAACACACAACCUGGGAUCAGGUUGGCAUAAAAAGGGUGAUUAUGCGAAAGCAGUUAGCUACUAUGAACAGGCACUGCAAAUAUUUAGAAAUCUUAAUGUACAGAACAUAGCACAUUCUCACAUUGCCAAAUUAAGCCACCAGGGGCCAGUCUGUUCUGGGAAAAGUGAUCACAAAAAAGGCAUCAGCUACAAUCAGGAAUCACAGAUGCCCAGGAAUAUACAUGGUCGGAGCACAGCACACAAUGACAAUGAGGAAAUGAUAAACGCACAUGAUCAAAUCACAAAACUUCCUGAAAUAGCGAAAGUACUAAAACACAUGGGGUUAGCCAGGUAUGAACUAAGAGAUUACGAGAAAUCCUUAACUUGUUACAAAGAGUCACUGGAAAUAUACAGAACCAUCUACGAUGUACCACACCCUGACAUUGCCGAAUCACUUAACGCUUUGGGAACUGUUUGUCAAAAUAUGCAGGACUUUGAGAAAACAAUAAAAUACAAUGAAGAAGAACUUCAGAUGUGGAAGGAUAUCUUCGGUCAAAAUGCAGUGCAUGACAAAAUAGCAAGUUCACUCCACAAUCUUGGCGUUGCCUGGUAUUAUCUCGAAGGUUACCAAAAAGCAAUCAGCUACCUUGAAAAGGAGAUAAACAUGAGAAAGACCAUGGGAGGACAGGACACUGCAGAUUCUGACAUUGCAGAUGCACUAUCUAUGUUAGGAACUGCGAGUUUACUCAAUCAUGAUAUUCCCAAGGCCUUCCGCAUAAGCACGCAAGCACUGGAUAUGAUGAGGCAGGUUUACCAAGACGAAAGCCAUCCGAAGGUAAAGACUGUGAAACACAAUUAUGACACAAUCGUGAAGUGGCUCCAGAACAUACAAAAGCUAAAGAAAUGACACUCACAGCAAGGCUCGCCGUGAAGGGAAACAAUCCUAUCCUCUAUGCCAUCAUUUAACCGCCCUGUUGUUACCGACUUAGUUACUACAAUGACAUGUUAGACAUUGUAUACCAUUCCAAAACACUAUGUAACCAAAACAUAACAAUAGUCCAGCCUACUAUUUCUUACGAGAUUUCCGACUUUGAAUAUGUUCUCCUAAACUUCUGUAAGAUACUUCUCCGCGUCCCUAAAAGCUCAGUUAUUGCUGCUGUAAGGGGCGAAUCCGGCGUAUUCCCACUGUACAUAGAUAUCCAGACGCAACUGAUCAAAUAUUGGAUAAGACUAAACAACCUCCCUGAAGACAGAAUAGUUAAGAAAGCAUAUCACGAAGUCGUUAGACAAGAGCAAGACUGGGUAGUCCAUGUACGAGACACACUCUGUAGACAUGGCUUCCAAAAUAUUUGGUUGAAUCCCAUUACAGACGCCAAAUAUUUCGGAUCCAUAUUCAAAGAGCGCCUUAAGGACAAAUUUCUAUCUGGCUGGAGGCAAAAGAUAAGUAGUUUAAUAAACUUGAAACAUACUCAAAAAUGAAAAUAAAAACUUUCACAUCGAGGACUAUCUCCUAUCUGUUCAAACCAAAUCCUUUAUACUUAAUACCACAAAAUUAAGAAUCGGAGCACACUGUCCAGCGAUUGAAAAAGGCAGACACAACAAUAUACCAGCCAGUCAGAUAUUUUGUCCUACGUGCAAAGAUGGAGUUGAAGAUGAAUAUCAUUUUCUGAUGAUAUGCCCCACAUACGACGUAGAGAGACGCAAAUAAAUGCAGAUGAUCCGAUGUAAGACUACUAAAACAUUACCCAACACAUCUAGAGAGACGUUCCAUAUACUUAUGUCAUGU